UCUAUAUUUAGACUCUCUUCUCCCCGAUCUCUUUUCACUCUCUUUACAUGUCCCGAGCUGCAAUUUUUCUCACUUCAAUUCUCUCUCUUAUUUCCAUUCAGUCACCAACUUCACCGGAAGCUUAAAGAGAGAAAGAGAAGAGAGAGAGAAUUAGAGGUUUGAAUCUUCAUCAUGUCGCCUCGCGAUUCCUUUGCAGAGGCCUCAUCUGGGAAGGAAUCCAGUGUAAGUCGCUCACAACCUCAAGAGAAUGGUGUUGAAAGCGCUCUUCAUUCCAUGGAAUCAGUUCAUGGAUUGGAAGAAAUCCUUCAACAGUCAGUUGUCAAAACAAUUGAUCAGAAUUUGGUCGAGUUUUCUGAGGCACUGAGAAGUGUUGCAAAAGUGCUAAGAUGUGUUGUUGAAGGGAGAGCUUCUGCUCAAGCAGAGGCUGCUGAAUGGAAACGUAAACUUGAAAUAGAGAGAGCGCGGAAUAUGCAUUUAAAGCUAAAAGAAAUGUCUAUUGAAGACACCCCAAUUGAUAAUGGUGAUAAAAGGUUGAGAAAUACUUCCAAUCAAGCUGAGACACGAAAUUCAUCAAACAUGGCAACUGAAAGGUGCUGUGGGAACCAUGGAAUUUGUACACACGAGGUUCUUCGCGAUAGGAAUUCAGAGUCUGAAUCUAGUGCGGUGGCCAAGAUGAUGUGCAGAAAGGCAUCAUUUAAACUUGCUUGGGGUUGCAAGGGUGAGAGAAAUGGUCAGCACAAGCACGAUGUUGUCUCCUUUGAAAGAGGAAACAUCACAACCGCUGAGCGCAGCAGUAAACAGAUUUCAUUGAAAUGGGAAACAGAUCCACAAACUGUAUUUGUUCUCACAAAGCCAAAUUCAACUUCAGUCCGCAUUUUAUGUUCUGAAAUGGUCAGAUGGCUGAAAGAGCACAAAAAAUUAAAUGUUUUUGUGGAACCUCGAGUUAGAAAAGAACUUCUUGCUGAGAGUUCUUAUUUUGAUUUUGUACAGACAUGGGAAGAAGAUGAGGAGAUUUUGCUCCUUCACACGCAAGUUGAUCUUGUUAUAACCCUGGGUGGUGAUGGAACCGUUCUCUGGGCAGCAUCAAUGUUCAAGGGACCAGUUCCUCCUGUUGUAUCAUUUUCAUUGGGGUCACUGGGAUUCAUGACACCAUUCCAAAGCGAAUUUUACAAAGAAUCCCUAGAUGCAAUUUUGAAGGGUCCCAUCAGUAUCACACUACGCCAUCGUCUGAUAUGCCAUGUUAUAAGAGAUGGAGCCAAAGAUGAGCUGGAAACUGAAGAACCCAUGCUAGUUUUGAAUGAAGUUACAAUUGAUCGUGGUAUGUCAUCCUUUCUAACUCAACUGGAAUGUUAUUGUGACAACUCAUUUGUCACAUGCGUGCAAGGAGAUGGGUUGAUUUUAUCAACGACAUCAGGAAGCACGGCUUACUCGCUAGCAGCUGGUGGAUCCAUGGUCCAUCCUCAGGUACCCGGAAUCCUCUUCACCCCAAUUUGCCCUCACUCUUUGUCGUUUAGGCCUCUGAUCUUGCCCGAGUAUGUAACCGUUAGGGUUCAAGUACCUUUCAAUAGCAGGGGACAAGCUUGGGCUUCGUUUGAUGGAAAAGACCGGAAGCAAUUAUCAGCGGGGGAUGCUCUCAUAUGCAGUAUGGCUCCAUGGCCUGUUCCCACUGCUUGCCAAGUAGACUCCACCAAUGACUUUCUUCAUAGUAUCCAUGAAGGCCUUCAUUGGAACCUCAGAAAGACCCAGUCCUUUGAUGGCCCUCAAGAUCUGUGAUUCAGUUCUGACAAUGGUUAUGAAAAUCAGCUAGGAUCUCUCUCUCUCUCUCUCUCUGGUUACAAAUAGAUAGAAAGAAAAAAAGGAAAGGAAAGAGCUAGAGAAGAUUUGACGAAGCUGAAAUGUUAUAAUGUAUACUGUGAAGUUAUUAUUUGACAUCCAUGGAAUGUGGAAUCCAUUUCCUGUGGGCUUUGUAAUAUGCAGUAUCAUAGAAGUAACUUUAUGUUUCUUAAUCUGAUUCAUCCCGAGGGGAGGAGUUAUUGUAUAUUCUAUGAAUCAAUGCUUAGAUGUGUACUUGUUAGUAGAUGCUGAUGUUAAUUGGCAAAAUGUUCAGUCAAA